GACAAAAAAAGAGGAGACUACUCAGCCUCAGAAGUAGAAAAUGAAGCAACAUGACAAAUAGUAGCAGAAAUGCAUUCCAUAUAAGGGACUGAAUCACCCCUUUUCUCAUACUACUUCUCUCUUCUUCUUCUUCUUCUUCAACACAAUUUCAUAACUGGAAAUGGAUGUUCAACCCACUGCUCUUCUCAACUGGGCAUUUCUCUGCCAAGGAAAGAGCAUGGAUGAGCUGCGGCAAUGGCUGUUAAUGACGACUUUGGAGCUGGAGAAAACAAGGGUGAAAGCUCAAGAGGAGCUGGAAAUGAGAGAGAAUCAUAUUCUUCAGCUCAAAGAUAUGCUGAGCAGAGCGAUUAAGGAGAAGAAUGAUGCAGAGGAGAAGUGUCAUAGGUUACUGUUUGAGAGGCUUCUGUUGCAGCAGCCGCCGCCGCCGCCUCCGGCGGCGGCGGCGGCGGCUCCAAUGUCUGGGGUUUCAUGCGUUGAGGAUGAACCCAGAAGGGGAGUAGUGGAGAAUCACUCCAAUAAUGGCUUCUCCUCCUCCGAUUCCGACGAGAGCAUCGUUUCCUCGCCGGCGCCGGCGCCCCAAGAUUUGCCGAUUGUGAUAGAUAAGCCCUUGCCGGAAAAGGGGAAGUUUUUGCAGGCGGUGAUGAAAGCAGGGCCGCUUCUUCAGACCCUUUUGCUGGCUGGCCCUCUCCCCCAGUGGCGCCACCCUCCUCCGCCCAUGGACACUUACCAGAUUCCGGCGCCGCCCGUCGCCAUUCCAUCUCCGCCGCCGCCGCCGACUAACUCUCUCCCUCCUCAAGAUUCUCUUCUGAGCAUCUCUGCUUACAACAGCAUCUCCAACUGUGGCAGGAUAAACAGGAAAAGAGGUUUCUUUGAUGAUUCUGAUUCUUCCAUGGAAGCCAAGUACCAAAGAGUUGUCCUUUGACUCUCACUUUUCCCAAUAUAAUCUUGUCAGAGUAGUCCUAUCCUAUCCUAUCCUUUUCCCAGUAUCUGCCAUGGAGUCAUCUGAUCUAGCAGCAUUUUGUACAGAAUCUUGAGAGCCUGAUUCUAGGAAGCCCUCCCAAAAAAAACCCUAAUUUUACUAGUGGGCAUUUUCUUUUGGUUUUUGCCAAUAUUUCUAGUGGUAUUAUUGAUUGUGGGCUUGUCUCUUUUCUUCUCAUCUUGUUUACUAAAACCUUAAGUUAGUGUUUGAUUUCGCUUUCUUUCA